AUGACCAAACACUUCAUCGGGAGUACACAAAUUCAUUUGAAUUUGACAACCGAAGCUCUCCUCGGCCUAAAGUGUCACAAGAUGAGCCGAUACAAGUGGUAUAAAGACACGUUCAUGGCACGUCUCUAUACCUUGACGACAUGUGGAGCGGAUAUCUGGAAGCAAAAGUUCGUCGAAGGACUACCGCACUACAUCUCUCAAAAGUUCUAUCAAACCAUGACAGCAAACUCUGUCAAUCAACAGAUAGACUGGGCGAAUCUCACCUAUGGAGAUAUCUCAUCUACCAUCCAAAUGAUAUGUGUUAAUCUCUGCACGGAGAAUAAACACACAACGAAGGUGAUCAAGGAUUCUGACUACAGAAAAGAGUUAGGCACCUUCUGCAAGCAGUAUGGCCUGUCUCAAGGGCCAAAGGAAGAGAAGAAGAAGAAAAAGAAAAGGUACUCUUCCAGAAAAUUCUUUAGGAAAAACAAAGACCAAGAGUCUCCUCCAAGAAGAAGACGUCAUUACUACAAGGGCAAGGGCAAGAAAAAAUACUCCUCAAAGACCAACACGAUAUGCUUCAAGUGCAAUCAGAAAGGUCACUAUGCAAAUCGUUGUCCCCUAAAGGAUAAAAUCAAUGCCCUGACAGUGGAUGAAGAGACAAAGCAAUCCCUUCUUUAUGCCAUAAGAACGGAUGACGAGACCUCUUCUCAAACGGAAUCUUCAUCGGAAGAAGACUGCAUCAACAUUCUACAAGAAGAAGAAUCCUCUUUUGAAGAAGAAUUCUACUCUCAAAGCAACUCAAGCGAUGACGAAGGAGCAAUACCUUGCACAUGA